AUGACGCAGCAUAGCGACGCGUCCAGUGACCGGUCCGAAGUAUCCGUUACCCCACCGCCGCCAGUCUCGAAGAUGCUCGAAUUCGCCAGCCAGCAGAACCUGAGCUUCCUCAACCUGGAGCACCGCAACAUGCUGGCCGCCCCGUUGGCCGCGCUCCACUCCAUGACCGAAAUGAAGCAGCACCAGACCCAUCUGAGCCCCGAUCACAUGCACCAAGAAAAGAGCGACGCGGACGUCUUGCUAGAACGUACAAGUUUACACGUAGAACGCUCAGGCUUGACGUCGCGCAGUCCUCUAGGUGCCACUAGCAACAGUAACAGUUCCCAAGGGGCCAACCCCCACGGUAUCGACCAUAUUCUAUCCAGACCCACCCAGAUCACUACCGGGCCUCUCCACUUUCCCCAUAACCUGGGGUUCACGCAGAACACCUUGGGGAUGGCUUCCAAUAGCUCACAGAGUGCGUCUAAUUCGGGGCUCAGAGGAUUCAAUAUUGCCGCCGCUGCCUUCUUUCAUCAUCACGCCGCCAAUUCGGUAAAUAAACCGCCCGUAGAACUGGGCAGGAGCACCGGGGGACUCUACUGGCCCGGAAUCCAAGGACUCAACCCCAUCGCCUGGAGAGAUCGCCUUAGCAGUAAAAACGAUCUCUAUGUACGAUACGUGAACCAGACCAAUAUGGGCGGCUUGGGAGGCGACAAGGACGCAAAAAAGAAACACACGAGGCCUACUUUCUCCGGACAGCAGAUAUUCGCACUGGAGAAAACCUUCGAACAAACCAAAUAUCUGGCAGGGCCAGAGCGAGCGAAACUAGCUUACGCCUUAGGGAUGACCGAGUCCCAAGUGAAGGUAUGGUUCCAGAACAGGCGCACAAAAUGGAGGAAAAAGCACGCGGCCGAAAUGGCCACGGCAAAGCGAAAACAGGAGGUGCUGGACAACCAGACGGACGAAAACAGCGACAUAAUAUCGGAUACUGAGGAGGAGCACGUAGCGAAGCGACAAAACCUCCAAUGA